AUGUGUGUGUGUGCGUGUGUGGCCAUCGGCGCUUCUGUGGUGCAAAAGAGUUUCGAUCCUCCAACUCCGAGGCCCCCCCUCCCCGCCCACAUCAGAGACCCCAUAGACUCAGCCAGCGACACUAGUCAGAUCAACGAGAAUCGGCCUCGAUUUGUCUCGUCACUAACACCCUGUGCCUUUUUGGAUAACGAAGCUGAACUGCUGAAGCCAAGAACCCACGUACUCCGUAAGGCCAGCGGGUCGGCCAUUCACUAA